AACGGUACAUUAUGACCAGUGGCGCAUCCCUUUAGAAGGCAGCCUCCUGAUUGACUGAGGAGAUUACCAAUAAAAAAAGGGAGGGUUAUCAGGAAACAAACAUGGCUACCCUGUCUGUUGGAGAGCCGCAAGAGAUGGAAGUGGACCGGAAGGGCGAGUCAGAGGAGUCUGGAGAUGAUGAGACCAGGAGGAAGAGCAUCAAUGGGAAGGUGGACGCCAAUCAGCCCCAUACCACAGUUAAAGAGGAGUCUCCUGUUGAAAUGGAUACCAUAACUCUGGACCCAGAGGAAGAGGAUGUUGAUCUUGUCCACUGUCGUAUUGGGAAGAUUGAGGGACUGGGGGUGUUGAGGAAGGCUAAGACGCUCUCGCUAAGGCAGAACCUGAUCAAGACGAUUGAAAACCUGGAGAUGUUAGUGACGCUGAAGGAGCUUGAUCUCUACGACAACCAGAUCUGCAAACUUGAGAACCUCCAGACCCUCAAAGAGCUGGAUCAGCUGGACGUGUCCUUCAAUCUACUGAGGAAGGUGGAGGGUCUGGAGUGUCUGACGGGGCUAAAGAAGCUCUUUCUGCUGCACAACAAGAUCAGCCACAUCGCCAACCUGGACCACCUCACCGGCCUAGAGAUGUUGGAGCUGGGCUCCAACCGCAUCCGGCUAAUAGAGAACUUGGACAGGCUGUCCUCGUUGACGAGUCUGUUUCUGGGCACCAAUAAGAUCACUCAGCUACAGCAUCUGGAAGGCCUUCACAACCUGACAGUCCUCAGCAUCCAGAGUAACCGCAUCACCAAGAUGGAGGGUCUGCAGGGUCUGGUCAACCUGAAGGAACUCUACCUGAGUCACAACGGCAUCGAGGUCAUUGAGGGCCUGGAGAACAAUAUGAAUGAUAAUCAGCUAGAGAACUGGUCAGAUUUGGAUGAGCUGAAGAGCUCCAAGGCCCUGGAGACGGUGUACCUGGAGAGGAACCCCUUACAGAAGGACCCCCAAUAUCGCAGGAAGAUCAUGCUGGCUCUGCCCACCGUACGCCAGAUCGACGCCACCUUCAUCCGCUUUUAACCGGGCCACACCCCCACCUCGGUGUCCCUCCACUCACCGUUCUUCCCAUGCAACUGCAAAAUGGACGUCUGCUUACUGCACGCAGACUCAUUCACCACAGGCACACACCUACAGAUAGACGAGUGUCCUUGUAUACCACAUACACUCCAGCACACACACAUUCUGACCAUCACUUUUCACUUGCCUUACUGUCUCAUGUAAAACACGCAUGUACACACUUACACUCACCAUCUGACCUAUGCUAUUGUGUUAAUGCAUAUUGAUUUAUUGUCAGAAUUGGACUGGAUAGAGGCUGGGAGGAGUGGGAGCUGCAGGGAUGUCAAAAGGACCCCCUCCUUCUUUUCCCCCUUUGGAUGUGGAGUAGGGAAUAAUUGCUCUGCCUGAUUGUCCGGAGGGAUGGAGAAGGCAGUCUGUUUUUCUCCCUUUGUUAUUGAAAUUGCACUGCACCUGGCAAGGAGGGGGGGGGUGGAGGUAUUUCUGAUGGUCUAUUUGAGUGUUCAUCACAUUUCCUUCAGGAAGGUCUGAACUUACCAGACAGUCUUAUUAAAAAUGAAAUGUGUAAAACUAAAUGUGACACUGGUAGCUGCUACCUUCAGUGGUGCUAACACAGGGUGUGUAUGAUGGGGAUAUUUAGCUCCCCAUAACACUAAGCUUCCCUCAGAUUGUAGCUACGUUAACAGAUGCUGUAUCGUGGUCUGUUGUUCAAUGUGAAGGAUUGAACAUAAUUCACGCCCUGUCACAAAGAAGCAUACUCAGAAGCUGGUCCACUUCGGGACAAUAAAGCAAAUGUGCUGUUCUGAAUGCCAAAUCAUGACUGCACCAAGAAACAAACCAGGGGUUUGUGCAUUAGGAGCAAAUGUAGCAGAGCAUUUUGCAAUGGGGCAAAACGGAAACAAGGGAAAAAAAUGUAGCAGAGCAUUUUGCAAAACGGAAACAAGUGGUUCUUGGACAAGAGAUGUUUCACUCUGUUUUGUGUUUUUUGCCUGAUGAACAUGACCCAAUUACCAGAGAGUAUAAACCACAUGUGGAGAGUGGGAUUUUUGCUAUAGGAUUUGUUCUCAACUGUUUCAUUAAUUCAUUUGUUUUUAAUUUAGUUUCUUAAACGGAUUUGUUUUGAAUGGAUCAAAGACCAAGUUUGAUUAUUUACAAUGUCCUAGUUUAAAUUAAUCUGCAGUCUGAGCUAUACUGAAAAAUAAAAAAUAAAUAUUUUACUGAGUUACAGUUCAUAUAAGGAAAUCAGUCAAUUGAAAUAAAUAAAUUACAUCCUAAUUUAUGGAUUUCACAUGACUGGGAAUAUAGAUAUGCAUCUGUUGGUCACAGAUACCUAAGAAAAAAGGUAGGGGCGGCGAUCAGAAAACCAGUCAGAAUCUGGUAUGACCACCAUUUGCCUCAUGCAGUGGGACACAUCUCCUUUGCAUAGAGUUGAUCAGGCUGAUUGUGGAAUGUUGUCCCACAUCUUCAAUGGCUGUGAGAAGUUCCUGGAUAUUGGCGGGAACUGAAACACGCUGUCAUACAUGUCAAUCCAGAGCAUCCCAAACCUGCUCAAUGGGUGACAUGUCUGAGUGUGCAGGCCAUGGAAGAACUGGUACAUUUUCAUCUUCCACGAAUUGUGUACAGAUCUUUGCGACAUGGGACCGUGCAUUAUGCUGAAACAUGAGGUGAUGGCGGCGGUUGAAUGGCAUGACAAUGGACUUCAGAAUUUUGUCACGGUAUCCCUGUGCAUUCAAACUGCCACUGAUAAAAUGCAAUUGUGUUGUCUGUAGCUUAUGACUGCCCAUACUAAAAUCCCACGGCCACCAUGGGUAACUCUGUUCACAACGUUGACUUCAGCAAACCAUUCGUCCACACAACGCCGUACACGUGGUCUGUGGUUGAGACCGGUUGGACGUACUGCGAAAUUCUCUAUAAUGACGUUAGAGUCAGCUUAUGGUAGAGAGAUGAACAUUCAAUUCUGUGGCAACAGCUCUGGUGGACAUUCCUGCAGUCAGCAUGCCAAUUGCACACUCCCUCAACAAGAGACGUCUGUGGCAUUGUGUUGUGUAACAAAACUGCACAUUUUAGAGUGGCCUUUUGUCUCCAGCACAAGGUGCACCUGUGAAAUAAUCAUGCUGUUUAAUCAGCUUUUUGAUAUGCCACACCUGUCAGGUGGAUGGAUUAUCUUGUCAAAGGAGAAAUGCUCACUAACAGAUGUAAACAAAUUCAUGCACAACAUUUUAGAGAAAUAUGCUUUUUGUGGUUAUGGAAAAUUUCAGCUCAUGAAACAUGAGACCAACACUUGACAUGCUGCGUUUCAAUUUGUAUUGUGUAUUAGUCCAUAAGUAAAUCUUAUCGCUGUAAAAAACUAACAUUCAGUGGUGGUGACAUUCAGAUUAUGAAAAGGAAAAUAUGACAGUCUGUAAUCAUAUUUCCAUCAAAGUGAAAAGCCCAUGCAUAUACAUUUAUGGAGUCACCUAUAGUUUGCACUUACUGGUACACUUCAAGGGAAACUUAGAACAGAAGUGAACAGUGUUCGUGAACAGAAAUGGGCUCAGAUUACCUAUUGACCUGGAUCAGUGGGGUCUGUCUGAGUGAAUGUCUGUGUGGUAUGUGGAAGGGAAGGACUGUUUGUUGUAAACUUUUAUUUGUAAACCUUUAUUUACCAGAUUGCUCAGGAUCUCUAUCUCCAUGCAGUACACCAACAGACUCAGAAGUUGUCCCUAACCACAGAUCUAGGAUCAGAAACUUUCUGUACCCAUAAUCAGAUUUCAACCUAAACCAGUAGUGGAAUGACCCUGUAUCAGUGGUUAGGGACAACUUCUAUUUUCUCUUGUGUGAAAUGUUACCAAUACAACUGGGGCUUAUUCAAGAGGGUGCAACAUUUAGAAUGUUACAGAUGGAAAUGCAAUGUAUAUUAUUUCAACUAUUGACUCGUUUGCUAGACAAGUUGACGGUUCUAUACAAGGGAUUUCUGCCCCACGACUCACUUUUUGUUUAGCUUGUUUUUAGUCAUGUUUGACAAAGUGCUUUGUUGACUGUUUUUGAACUGAAUGUAUUAUAAAAGACUAAAUAAAGUUACUUCAAAUUA